CCCAGAUGGACUAUUGCACUAUGAAUCAUGUUCUAGGAAUGGAGGACUGAGGUCAUUUGGCACUUUGAGAUUACUCUGCCAUUCGGUAUUUGGUGGCCUGGUUUGGAUCCUUGUGGCUUCUGCUCGAGUCGAAUUUGCAGCUGAUCAAGGCUGGGUGAUAUUUGUUUCGGUUUUCUGCUAACUACAUUAAUGGUCAUCCUGUACAUGGCUGGAGUUCAGAACAGUUCAUCUGCAUGGAUUGCAGUGGUUUUUGGUGGCCUUGUUUGGAUCCUUGUGGCUUCUUCUAAAAUUCCAUAUCCACCACUCCAAGCCUGGUUGAUGUUUGUAUCGGUCUUCUGCUUUGUUAUAACCACUUGUCUAUUCAUGUUCUACAUGUGCGGAUUUCAGGGCAGUUUAUCCUUAUUGACUGGACUGGAUGUCUUCUACCACAUUUUUGCAGCUAUGUUAUAUUUAAGUGCUGCAGUCAUGGAAGCUAGUGUCACACAUUGGUUUUUUUUUAACCCCAAUUCUGAACUGUACAAAUUCAACAUUUCUACUUCAGUGUUUGCAUUUCUGGCUACCUUCCUAUACACCGUGCAUGCGAUAGUAUCGAUCCAUAGAUGGAAAUCUGCUUCAUGAGCAUCGAGACAAGCAACGAAUAAAAACAUCUUACGAAAGUUGCCAAUUACUUUCACUAAUAUUGAUUCACAUAUUUUUUAUUGUAAGCAUGGCAUUUAUAUAUCGUCAGGAAUAUUAAAUACAUUCAAUCCUAUGUAAAUAAGCACUAAUAUAUCAUGUUUUAUCAACACCAUGCAAAACACAUAUGAAAGCCAAGAAAUCUUGUAAACAUUUUUAAAAUCACAUUCUAAAGAUGUGUGUAGAAGAUCGCCUCUUGAUUUGAGGCUGUGAUAGGAAAGCCAAAUGGCUGGUCAAUCUUGUAUCCUCAGAGACUUGAAUGGUGGCCUGAUCCCCCAAUGUGGAAUUUCCUAUUUGUGCUUAACAGGUAGCUUAGGAAAAUGUUGGAAAAGGCCACCUGAUAAGGGAGCCUAUCUGGAGUGAAAGGAAAGUUGCUGGACAAGCUCAGCAGGUCACUGGAUCUGAAACGUUAACUCUGUUUUUUCCUUCACAGAUACUGCCCGACCUGCUGAGAUUUUCCAGCAACUUUGUUUUUGCUCCGGAUUUACAACAUCCACAGUACUUUUGGUUUUUAUGGGAGCUUAACUGACCGCCUUCCUAUUAAUUUCAGUGGACUGGAAAUUGAGAAUCUACCAUAAAUACUGUGCAAUCUUUCUGCCCAAUCUUUUUCCACAUUGUUCACCCAGGGGAAGCUUCAUAACCAAGCGUUGUAUGAGAAGAAUGUACAGUAGUUCUCAAACAUUUUCAUUGCAUUUACAAGAAUAUCUUGGUAUCUAUCAUUUAUUUUACCAAAGUGUUUUGCAACAAUUUAAUAUUUUGCUGUGAGAUGAAUUUA